AUGGUCUUUCUUGGCGUUCUCGUAGACACGACCGAUAUGACCGUCUCCGUCACUCCUGACCGCCUUUCAGAGCUACAGUCCCGCUGCACAUCUCUACUCUCCGUGACGCACGUUUCACGACACGACUUGCAGUCCUUGCUUGGCGUCAUGUCUUUUGUCACUUCAUGUGUUCGUCUCGCCCGCGUUUUCAUGUCGUCUCUGCUCUACACCCUCCGAACAUACCGGUUGUCGAAAAACUGCCCCCUUUCAAGUGUUAAUCACUCCGAUCUCCGCUGGUGGUGCCACUUCUUGCCGUCCUACAAUGGUGUUUCGCUUAUCAAGACUUCACCUUGGCUUGACAACCGUUUAUUCCUCUCCACUGACGCAUGCCGCACCGGUGCGGGUGGCUAUUUCACAGGGCAGUACUUUCACACCCCUUUUCCCGCCCCCAUCCUCAGUCAGUUUGGACACGACAUCAACAUUUUGGAACUGUUGACCAUAAUGGUGGCGCUUAAGCUUUCGGGCGAACUUCUUCGCGGUCAACGCCUUAUUUGCAGUGCGAUAAUGCAAAUCGCGUGCUCGCCAUCAAUUCCGGCCGUUCUCGCGUUCCUGGGAUGCACCUGUGUUUACGGGAAAUCUGGUUUCUCACCGUUCGUCAUGACAUCGACAUCUUUGCCCGACACAUAGCUGGGGUGAAUAACACCAUCGCUGAUCAUCUCAGUCGCUGGCACUUAUCUCCAGUCCAUCACCUUCGCUUUGACGCCUUGACCGCUGACACCCCCACCACCCACAUUCUCUGUCCACCUUAA